AUGGCAGCAUCGGGUCUUGAAAGUGCAGGAAUUGUUCUUAAUGCAUUUCCGAUCGCCAUUAACACGCUCGAGCUAUGUCGCGAUGCUGCAAAACUGGUUGGAUUGUUUCUCCAAAUUAAAUUAGCAUACAAAAGAUGGUGCGACGAUUUGAACUUUCACAGGCUCUUGUUUACAAAGAACUUGCGACAGCUUCUACUUCCACUCGUACUGGAUGACGACACAAUUGAGGAGCUUUUGCUGGCGCCUGGAGGAGAUUGUUGGAGAGAGGAACGAGUCACGAGGCUUUUCGAAGAACGUCUCGGAGAUUCAUAUGGCCUUUACAUGCAAUAUAUGGACGGUAUGGUUCAGACUAUGGACGAAAUAAACAGAGAGCUCGCUGUCGACUCUGGCUGGGCUCAAAAGCUGAUGCAUGAUCAGUCGGUAAGAAGAAUCGAGCCAAUGGAAACGUGA